UGAAGUAAUGAACCACAUCGACAUUCCCUCCCUUCAUUCGCUCUCUUCAGUGCCUCCAUCCCCAAAUAUUCACAAAAUCUCAGUUUUCACUCAUCUCACCCCAUAACCCAAUUUUCCAAACCCUAGUUCCUCAAGAGUACCCCAUUUUGAAGCCGAAUUGAGCUACAGAUAUUGUUCACGAGGUUAAGAAGCAGAAGCCAUGGCUGGACAUAAUGACUCAAGUGCAUCUGGGAAGAAAUCUAGCGAGGGCCCAAAUGAUGUCUCUACCCUUAAUGCUGAAAGUUUGCAGAGUAACGUGAAAAUUAUCUACUACUGCCGAACAUUUAUGUCUAUCAUUGGCGGGGUCAUUGCCGGAAUUUUGGGGUUCACCGGCCUUUCUGGAUUUAUUCUGUAUUUUUUUAUUAUGGCCAUCACUUCGGUUGGACUCAUUGCCAAGGCAGGGCUUCAAGUUCAUUCGUAUUUUGACAGCUGGAACCAGAUUGUAAUCGAUGGCUUCCUGGGUGGGCUUCUGUCAUUUGUGCUGUUCUGGACAUUUUCUUAUGACAUUGUGCAUAUAUUCUAAGGAGUAUCUGUGGCAUCUCAAACAAAAGAACUCCUAUUUUGCUGCUGAUUAUAUUCUGUACCGUUAGUGGAGUAAAUCUGCUACUGGUUCCUGCAAGUCUUUUUUUUUUUUCUAUAAACUCUGUCAUCGUUUAGAUGUUGUCCGCUUAUGCUGUUGCCCAUGAAUAUUUUUUGGCUGAAAGCCUAUAAAAGUGAUGUUGUCCGCUUAUGCUGUUGCCCAUGAAUAUUAUUUGGCUGUAAGCCUAUAAAAGUUCCAUUGAAUGA